ACUGUGGACUGGAGACUCUGAGGGUCGACGACAGGGAGAUUAAAGCUUCCGGAGACAAAGCAUGCGACUCUGAUCUCAAACAGGAACCAAACACAGCAGACUCAGAGCUGGAUGUGUCUGACAACACAAAGCUGACGAAGCCUCCAUCAAGCUUCACUCCUGAACUGCAAACUGAAUCUGCAAAAGUCUCAUACAGGUUCAGGUGUCCUGGUCCAGGUGAGUUCCAGUGUACUGUAACUGGACUGGUGUUUGUAAUGGAUCAGGAGGCGGAGCUUCUCUACAAGACUGUCCAGUGGGAUGAGAGCCUCCUCCAAUCAGCUGGCAGGACAGCUGCAGGGCCACUGUUUGAUAUCCAGUGUCCUGAGGAUGCUGUCUGUCAGCUCCACCUCCCACACUGUGAAACUAAGGAUGCUCUGCUGUCUGAAGGCCUGCUGUCAGUCGUCCACAUCACUGGUGAUGGAAUGACCAUCCUCGAACCGCUGGAGAUCACAGACACUCACGUGAUUGUCAGCGUCCCUCAUCUGUCUUCCUUUGGUCUAGUCUGGGACAUUUUAGGGAGGUUAUGGAACAACAUGAAAACAAUUAAUGGCCAAGUUUUGCUGUUCCUCCGACCACCAAACCCACAAACACAGAGGCAGAACCUCAAUGUGUUUCUCCUGCCGAGCAACGUCCCUCUGGAGGAGGUGAGUGCAAAACAGCGAAAUUCUGAGUACAUCCAGGCACCUCCCAAAUGCAAACUCAUCAAAGACCAAAGCUACACUGUUCACUGUCCGGUGGCCUUUAAAGUACAGCCUGAGAAAGAAGAUUUUGACCUGGAUUUUGGACCAAAUUACCACCCAAUAUUUGAGAUCCGUCUGCCUACAAACAUAGAAGAAGCAGCUGUAACAGUCCGAGACCAAACAAGUACAGAUGUGUGGAAGCACGAAGUUGAGCUUACCGGUCCAAGGAGGAUAACUGUACAGAGGAGCCUCCCAGCAGAGGACAGUCUUCCAGCAGAGGACAGCCUUCCAGCAGAGGACAGGCUGCUCUUAGUUCGCGGGCAGUUUGUUAAAAGAGUGUCUGAACCUGUUCUAGACCAGCUUCUGGACAAACUUCUUGAGCGUGGCGUUGUAAAUGAUGAGGAAAUGCAGUCAGCCCAAACCAAAAGCAAAGCAGAUAAAGCACGAUACGUGAUCGACACAGUGCGAAGAAAGGGGACUGAAGCCAGCUCUGUUCUGAUCGCUGCCCUCUGUGAGGUGGAUCCAUGCCUUUCCAGAGUGCUCACCUUAAGAUGAAGCUAAAGCCACAAACUGUGGACUGAUUUCCAGCUCAAACAUCUGCUCAGCUGGUCUCUGGAGACGUGGUCCCCGGCUCUGUCCUUCACCAUCUGUG